AUGCGUCUUCUCAAAUACGACGAACAUGGUGAGCUCGGCAUUGUCCGCUUCGAGGAUAGCGCACUGCCGCCCUAUGCGAUACUUUCACACACGUGGGGAACUGAUGCGGAGGAGGUGACCUUCGCAGAUGUCAUAACAGGCGACGGCAAGACCAAGCUUGGAUACGAGAAGAUACGUUUCUGUGGACAACAGGCACAGCGGGAUAACUUAAGAUACUUCUGGGUCGACACGUGCUGCAUCGAUAAGACAGAUAAGGCUGAGCUGUCCCACGCUAUCCGAUCUAUGUUUCGCUGGUAUCAGAAUACAUCAAGAUGCUAUGUGUAUCUACCGGAUGUAUCGACAGGGACAUGGAAGUCUGGUGAUAUGUCUAAUUGGGAAUCUGCUUUUAGGUCAAGCCGAUGGUUCACGCGUGGUUGGACACUUCAGGAGCUUCUUGCUCCAAGCAUUGUCGAGUUCUUCUCUCAGGAAGGGACGUUACUCGGUGACAAGAUAUCUCUUAAAUUUUUGAUCAGCAAAAUCACUGGCAUUCCAUGCGAAGUAUUUGACGCAGCUGCUCUUUCCCAGUUCAGCAUCGACGAGCGGCUGCGCUGGAAAGGCGACAGAGAGACUAAGCGCGAAGAAGAUGCAUGGUACUCUUUGUCGGGCAUCCUUGAUGUCGAGAUAGCCCCAGCGUACAGCGAAGGGGCGGCAAGCGCAUUCAAGCGUCUAAUGGACGAGGUCCAUAGAGUAGAGAGAUGCAUCCAAGACAUACGCGGUACGGAUCCCCGUGACGACAAGAAGCGCAUCGAGGACACCAAAGGCGGACUGCUAGCGGAUUCCUAUCGCUGGGUUCUUGACAACGCCAUUUUCCAGCAAUGGCAACAGGACCUCCACGGCGGACUGCUGUGGAUAAAAGGUGAUCCUGGCAAGGGAAAGACAAUGCUACUCUGUGGAAUUAUAGACGAGCUGCACAGCUCACUAUCUAAGACAACACUCCUAGCAUAUUUUUUCUGUCAAGCUACCGACUCGCGUAUCAAUAGCGCGACAGCAGUACUGCGAGGGCUAUUAUACAUGCUUAUUAAGCAGCAGCCGUCGCUUGUAUCGCAUAUCCGUAAGAAGCAUGAUGACGCUGGAAAAGCCUUGUUUGAGGAUGCGAACGCCUGGGUGGCGUUGACAGAGGUCUUUACGGACGUACUACGAGACCCAGAAUUGCGCAAUAUCUACCUAGUCAUUGACGCAUUAGACGAAUGCGUUACUGACUUACCAAAGCUGCUUGACUUUAUUGCAAAGCAGUCGUCUACGUCUACGUCUACGUCUUCUACCUGCAACAAGUGGAUAGUGUCCAGUCGUAACUGGCCAGACAUCGAAGAACAACUGGGGAAGACAGAGCGCAAUGUACCACUAAGUCUUGAGCUGAAUGCUGACUCUGUGUCCGCAGCUGUUGGUAUCUUUAUCCAGCACAAAGUGUUUCACUUAGCACAACAAAAGAAAUACGACGAAAAAACCAGAGACGCAGUACUCGAGCGCUUGAUAUCGAAUGCAAACGACACCUUCUUAUGGGUAGCACUAGUCUGUCAAGACCUUCAAACUACUGCGAGACGAAACGUGCUUAAGAAGCUAGGCUUGUUCCCACCAGGACUAGACGCACUAUAUAAGCGGAUGAUGCAGCGGAUUAGCGUUUCAGAUGACGCCACACUUUGUAAGCAGGUGCUGGCUUUGAUUGGACUGGUGUAUCGGCCAAUUGCGCUGCAGGAACUGGUAGUCCUGGCUGAACAGCUCGAAGGUAUAGACGAUGAAAUAGAGCUGCGGGAGAUUAUCAGCCUCUGUGGAUCAUUCCUUACUUUGCGACAAGACGCAGUCUAUUUUGUGCAUCAGUCUGCCAAAGAUUUUCUUUUUGCAGAAGCGUUUGAUGAAGUCUUUCCUGAUGGGACUGAAGACGCUCACCAGAUCAUCUUCUCAAGGUCGCUUGCCAAUCUGUCCAGGACGUUACAGAGGGACAUGUAUAACCUUAAAGUACCGGGGGUUCCUAUCGAGAAUGCUGAUCCGCCUGAUCACGAUCCACUAGCUGCAUCACGCUACCCGUGCGUCUACUGGAUUGAUCAUUUGUACGAAUCGAAACCUAAGUUUCACGGGAAAAGUGUCAACGACCUGCAAUUUGUAGGUGUGGUUGACAGGUUCAUAAAAGAGAAGUAUCUCUAUUGGCUAGAAGGGCUUAGCUUGUGCAAGGGUAUAGGGAAAAGCGUGGUUUCGAUGGCAAAAUUAUAUUCUCUGGUCCAGGAGAUGAAGGGCAUAGAUGAGCUAACUAAGCUUGUCUACGACGCACGACGAUUCUUGAUGUAUCACAAAGGCGCAAUUGAGAGCUAUCCUUUACAAGUAUACGCAUCUGCGCUGUUGUUCAGUCCGACAGGGAGCACAAUAAGAAACAUCUUCUAUCACGAGAAGCCGAAGGGAGUGACCAUUGAGCCAGCAAUAAGCACUGGGUGGAGUGCGUGCCUGCAGACGCUCGAGGGUCAUACCAGUAUUGUCACCUCUAUAGCCUUCUCGCACGACUCGACUAAGCUAGCAUCGGCUUCAGACGAUAAAACCGUCAGAAUCUGGGACAUGAGCACCGGCACGUGUCUGCAGGCUUUUACAGGCCACAACGAAACUGUCACUUCUAUAUCUUUCUCGCAUGACUCAACCAAGCUAGUGUCAGCAUCAAAAGACAAGACCAUCAAGCUAUGGGAUAUAAGCAGCGGUACAUUCUCAGAGAUUUCCACAGGCCAUAGUGAGGCUAUCACCUCUGUAGCCUUCUCACAUGACUCAAAUCAGCUAUUGUCGGGGUCAGAGGACUAUACUGUCAAGCUAUUAGACAUAAGCACCAGCGCAUGCCGACAUAGUUUUGAAGGCCACAGUGCUGCUGUUAUGUCUGUAGUGUUCUUACACAACUCUACUAAGCUAGCUUCAGCAUCAACUGACAAGACAAUCAGGCUUUGGGAUAUAAGCAGUGGCAUGUGCCUACGGACGUUCACGGGCCAUGAUGCUUGUGUGAAAUCUAUAGUCAUCUCGCAUGACUCGACGAAGCUAGCGUCAGCAUCGAACGACAAGACCAUCAAGCUAUGGGAUAUAGGCAGCGGCAUGUGCCUACAGACGCUCAUAGGCCAUAGUAAACACGUUAGGUCUGUGGUCUUCUCGCAUGACUCAACUAAGUUGGCGUCGGCAUCUUUCGACCUUACUGUUAAGCUGUGGGAUGCGAGCAGUGGCGUGUGUCUGCAGACGUUUAAAGGUCAUAUGUUUCAUGUUACGUCAGUUGUCUUUUCGCACGAUACGAGUCAGCUGGCGUCAGCAUCAAACGACAAGACUAUCAAGCUAUGGGACAUCAGUAGCGCAUGUAUGCAGACGUCUGCGGACCACAGCCGCUCUAUCAACUCUAUAUCCUUCGUCCACGAUUCGACCAGGCUAGUAUCAGCAUCGCACGAUAAUACUGUCAAGCUCUGGGAUGCAGGCUGCGGGGUGUGUUUGCAGACGUUUGAAGGGCACAGCGAUAGUGUUACCUCUGUCGCCUUCUCACACGACUUAACACAGCUAGCGUCAGCUUCAAAUGACUAUACUAUCAAGAUGUGGGAUGUAAGCAGCGGUACGUGCCUACAAACACUCACAGGUCAUAGUAGUCUUGUCCAAUCUGUAGCCUUCCCACACGAUUCGACUAAGCUAGUAGCAUCAGCAUCAAGUGAUAAGACUGUCAAGCUGUGGGAUACGACCACUGGCACCUGCUUGCAGACGUUUACCGGCCACAAAAAGCAGGUCAUUUUUGUGGGUUUCGUGGAAAACUCAACGAAGCUGGGAUCAAUAUCAGACGACAUGACCGUCAAGUUCUGGGAUGUGAGAAGCGGCGCGUGCCUGUCGACGGUGGACCUCGGCUGGCGCAGUUACGACCUAGCCUUCAACCCCACUGACUCACCUCUCUAUACCAAGACCGGUCCUGUUGUCCUUCAUGGCGACGCUAGUCCAAGAUUCCUAGUUACGGCGGAACAUGGGCGCUCCUUAAAUAUAGACAUAAGAGUUAGCCCAGAUAAGACGUGGAUUCAGCAUCAUGGCAAGAAUAUCCUGUGGAUACCAUCAGAGUAUCGGCCGUCACGUUCUGCGAAGUGCGGGAACAGGGUUGGCGUGGGCACUGGGCCUGGCAAGAUAUGGUUCUGUAGUGUUGACUUUUGA